AUGGCAGAUACACCCCAGAGCUCCUCCUCGCAAGCCGCCAACAACAGCGCGGCCUCAACCGAGAGAUCGCCACUGUUGAAGCCAGGCAAUGGGAGCGAGGCAGCUCAGCAGAAUGGCGGUGCUCCAGACGAGGAAAGGGUUGUCCUCGCCGAAGAAGUGUCUUUCACGCGAAUUGCCUUGAUCAUGGGCACGACUUGGGUCGGCGUCUUCCUGGGCGCGACAGAUUCCACCAUCAUCGCCACCUUAUCAGCGCCCAUCUCCAGCGAGUUCAAGUCGUUGAGCUUGCUGUCCUGGCUCGCCACAGCCUAUUUCAUCGCCAAUGCCGCUUGUCAGCCCAUUUCAGGACGUUUGACGGACAUCUUUGGCAGAGGGCCGGGCUUGGUGGCGAGCAAUCUGCUUUUCGCCGCGGGUAAUCUCAUGUGCGGCCUUGCCAAAGACCAAUACACCAUGAUCAUUGGACGUGUGAUUGCUGGCAUGGGAGGAGGCGGCCUCAUGAGUAUCUCGACAUUUAUCGGAUCAGACCUGAUUCCUCUGCGACAGAGGGGUGUUGUCCAGGGCAUUGGCAACAUCUGCUACGGGUCGGGCGCGAUGAUGGGCGGUAUCUUUGGCGGUCUGAUCAACGACCACACCAAGAUGGGCUGGCGGCUGGCGUUCUUGAUCCAAGUGCCACCCGUACUCUUGUCUGCGGUCGCCGUUUUCUUUCUGGUCAAGGUGCCCCCAAAACAGUCCGACAAGUCGUACCUCGCACGCAUCGAUUUCCUGGGGGUCUUCUUGACCGUCUCGUUCCUCGUGCUGCUAUUGCUGGGGCUCAACUCCGGAGGCAACUUGGUGCCGUGGAUACACCCUCUCACCCUGACCACCAUUCCAUUGGCCUUCAUCACGUUUGGGGGGUUCCUGUGGUGGGAGAGUAAGGCUCGCCAGCCCAUCAUCCCGGUUCGGCUGCUUGCGACCCGAACGAUUCUAGCAGCUUGUCUCUGCAACCUGCUCUGCACCAUGGUCACCAUGACGGGGAUAUUUUACGUCCCUCUGUUCUUGCAAGUUCUCGGCGCGUCUGCCACAGAUGCUGGUCUCCAGAUCUUGCCUUCACCGGUAGGCGUGUCCAUCGGCUCUGUAGCUGCUGGGUUUGUCAUGAAACAGACAGGUCGAUACUUGCGGCUGGGUAUUGCGAGCGUUCUCCUCAUGGUUGUUGGUGUCGUCAUGUUCACCUUCCAGAACGAGACGAGCCCGAAAUGGCUCACUCUAGUGGCCUUCUUUUCCAUUGGCAGCGGCUAUGGCGCCAUGCUCACCACAACUCUCCUCGCCUGUAUCGCCGCUGUUGACCAUUCGCAACAGGCCGUGAUCACAUCGGCGACCUAUCUUGCUCGCAGUUUAGGCAGUACCAUAGGCGUGACGGUUGGCUCGGCCAUCUAUCAGAAUAUCCUCAAGGCCAGGCUCUGGGAACGCUUCGGCGAUUACCCGAACGCUGAGGAGAUCAUCCGCCGGGUGCGAAACGAUUUGUCGGAACUCAAGCACCUCCCCAAGGGCUGGCACGACGGUGUCAUCACGUCUUUUGUGGAAGCCUUUCGCGGCGUCUGGUUCACGUUGCUUGGGCUCGUCCUGCUCGCCCUCGUUUGUGUUUCGUUACUGAAGCAGCACACGCUGCAUUCGACACUGACAAGAGAAGAUGGCGCUCAAGAGGACGAGCGCGAAGAACCAACGUAG